AUGGAUGAGCUCAAGGAGCUGAAGAAGCAAGAAAAGCAGUUGCAUGGAUCCAUCAAGGCUUUGGCGCGUUUCGUCGAAAGAUUCCAGAGGGAUAGGCAGGAAAACCAAAUCGAUGUUCGGCUGGAGACUCUGGAGAACGCUAUGCGUAAAUUCUACACCGUUCGCCGAAAAAUAGAACUGGUCAUCGAGGAGGAGGAUGAAAAACCCGAAGUGAAAGGUUCCGUCGAAGACCGAGCGCUGCGAAUGGAGGCGCUAGCAGUGAAACGUGAAGACGAGUUCGAUGAAGCUAUACGUGUUGUUGAGGAGCAAUAUUACGAAAUAAAGUCAGCUUUGAUUGCAUUGCGUCCGAAGAAAGUUGAUCCUAUUAGGCAGCCAAAUGCAGUUGAUAAUGCAAUUACUGAUCAGCCAGUUUCCCGAGUAAAACUCCCAGACAUCAAGCUUCCGUCAUUCAAUGGGAAAAUCAAGGAUUGGACAAGCUUUCGCGAUACUUUUCGCAGUCUGAUCCACAACAAUCGACAAUUGACAGACAUUGACAAGUUCACAUACUUGCGAUCAUCGGUUUCAGGCGAAGCAUUCCAGGAGAUAAACUCGGUUGACCUGUCGGCCGAUAACUAUGAGGUGGCCUGGAAGGUGCUGAAGAAAAGGUACGAGAACAAGAAACUGAUCGUCAAGGCCCAUCUGGAUGCGCUUUUUGCUAUUGAACCGAUGAGGAAAGAAAACUGCGAGUCACUAAAUCAUCUGAUCAGUGAAUUUGACAAGAAUCUGCUUAUGUUACAGAAAAUUGGAGAGCAAACAGAUAAUUGGUCGACUAUUCUCGCACAUAUGAUGUACACUCGUUUGGAUUCGAUGACUCUUCGACAGUGGGAGUCACACCAUAACUCCAAGGACGUUCCCAAGUAUGAGAGUUUGAUGGAGUUCCUGAGGGACCAAUGCUCGGUUCUUCAGUCUAUUGCUCCUAAUAAAUCCAACGACGGUGAAGGAAGACGACCAAGGUUAUCCGUCACGCAUACUUCGUUGCAAUAUCAACGCCGGUGCUUAUUUUGUGGUGAAUCGUUCCAUUUACCUUUCAAGUGCAACAAACUACAAGGAAUGUCCAUAGCUCAACGUGUUGAAGAGGUCAACAAAAAGCGUCUGUGUAGAAACUGCUUGACGGUGGGUCAUUUCGCUGAAGGCUGUACUAGAGGCUGUUGCAACCGCUGUGGUAAACGACAUCAUACUAUGCUUCAUUUCGAGAGUUCAGCAUAUGUUGUUCGCCAGUCUAAGCCCUCCCAUCCACAAGCUAAUCCUCCCUCCGUCCCACAGCCGCCUGUUCGGACACAAGCAACAAACCAACAACAACAAAACCACAGCCGCUCGAAAUCGCAAAACCAGACACAAACAUCACUCACUCAGCCAGACGCACAAGCACAACCAACAACUUCAGACCCCGUGAUCCAAUCUCGCUCACAACACACUCACCCACAACCCCCCACACAACAAAACACAGUCGCCCUUAAAGCCGUGGAACUCCCACGCUCCAAUUUUGAACCAACAGUUCGUCAAGUGCUGAUGUCAACAGCAAUCGUUCGAGUCAUAGAUCAGCGGGGAAAUACUGCGUUCGCCAGAACACUGCUGGAUUCAUGUUCGGAGUUUUGUUACAUGACCAGCAGCUUUACCAAGAAAUUAAAAUGCCGCGAAACUCCUGAUUUUCUGAAGGUGCAAGGAAUUGGUAACAGCAGCAUAAUGCCGACCAAGUUUGUGGAGGCUAACGUUCAACCAAGAAGCCCGUCUGUAUCGUCGUAUGAAGCAAAAAUGCAGUUCCACGUGUUGCCGAGAAUCUCACCAACACUUCCGCUCAAGCCAGUUCAGGCCGAUCUGCUGAAGUUUCCUGCGCAGCUGUUGUUGGCGGAUCCAAGAUUCUGGGAGCCCGGUCCGAUCGAUAUGAUAAUUGGAGCGGAAUUCUACUUUGACCUACUGUUGCAAGGAAAGCAGAAGGUGUCUGAAAAUGGUCCAACGUUACAAGAGACAGUAUUCGGUUGGGUAGUGUCAGGAAAGGUUCCAAAUCGGUCAAAUAGUAUACCCACAACGACAAGCUACGUCAGCUCAACUAUUGACCUCCAGGAAAUGAUCGCAAAGUUUUGGGAACUGGAGACAUGCCAUGUGAAUAGAACUCACUCUGUUGAGGAGACAGCUUGCGAAGAUCUGUUCAACAAAACGACGUUUCGCGAUCAAAAUGGCAAGUUCGUGGUGACUCUCCCCAGGAAAGAACAUGUAAUCGAACGGUUGGGAGAUUCCCGCAAUAUCGCUAUGAAACGGUUCAUCGGACUGGAGAAGCUUUUCAGCAUCAGCUCGGCUCUGAAGGCGAUGUACAAAGAAUUCAUUCACGAGUACAUCCUGAUGGGCCACAUGAAGGAGGUAAAUGCGGAGCAAAGCUGCACCGAUCCUGUGUAUUAUAUGCCGCAUCAUGCAGUAUUGCGACCCGACAGUACAACUACCAAGCUGCGAGUUGUCUUUGACGCAUCGUGCCGCACUUCGACUGGAGUCUCACUUAAUGAUGCACUGAUGGUGGGACCAGUUGUCCAGGACGAUCUGAUGAGCACUAUUCUACGAUUCCGUCGUCAUCGCAUCGCAGUCAUUGCUGACGUUGCUAAAAUGUAUAGGAUGGUUCAGGUCCAAGAGGUAGACAAGCAUCUGCAACGCAUCCUUUGGAGAGACACGCCGGAAGAACCGAUCAAAACUUUCGAACUGCAAACCGUCACCUACGGCACCGCCAGUGCACCAUAUCUAGCUACGAGAUGUUUGAAGAAGCUUGGAGAAGACAGUGUAUUGACACAUUCGAUCGCAGCUCGAGUUGUACAGGAGGAUUUUUAUGUCGACGAUAUGUUGUCGGGAGCCGACAGCACUUCCGAAGCAAAAAUAAUGGAGGUCAGCUCAACGGCAAUCACUAAGCGCAGCAUUCACUCCGACGCUGCGUGCUUAUUCGACCCGCUAGGAUUAGUAGGUCCGGUGGUGGUGCAAGCAAAGAUAUUUAUUCAAAAGCUGUGGUUGCUGAAAUGUGACUGGGACGAGCCACUGAAUGAAUCGCUACAAAAUUUAUGGAAUGAAUACAAGCAGAAUUUGAAGGCGUUAGAGUCAUUAGUCAUUCCCCGGUGGAUUGGAUUUAGCAAAGAGUGUUUGUCAGUUCAGCUACAUGGUUUUUGUGACGCUUCAGAAGUUGCAUAUGGUGCCUGCUUGUAUCUUCGUUGCAUCUCAUCCGACGGUAGCAUCUCCGUUCGGUUGAUCAUGUCAAAGUCGAGGGUGGCCCCUCUAGAAAAUCUCAAGCGGAAAAAGAAGAAAAUGACUAUCCCGCGGCUGGAGCUGUCCUCGGCUCUCUUGCUGAGUCAUUUAUAUGAGAAGUACAACCAAGUUCACUCUGGGCUUGAUGCGUAUUUCUGGACUGAUUCGAUGAUAGUAAAGCAUUGGUUGGAAUCGUCACCUUCUCGCUGGCAGGUCUUCGUAGCGAAUCGGGUAUCGGAGAUCCAGCACCUUACCAAAGAUGGAGUAUGGGGUCACGUAGCAGGGAGCGAGAAUCCUGCUGACCUGAUAUCUCGUGGAAUGUCACCAGCUCAGCUCCAGUAUCAAACGCUCUGGUUUGAAGGUCCGAUUUGGUUAUCUCAAGAACAAGGUUUCUGGCGACAUUCAGAAGAGGUACUCACGGAGAAGUUUGAUUCAUCGUUGUUAGAAGAACGUUCGUCAGUAGCACUUCCGGCACAAGCGCUACCUCCUAGUGAGAUAUUUGCAUUGCGAUCCUCGUUUCCGGACCUAGUAAGGCUCGUAGCGUACCUUCUUCGGUUCAAGCACAACGCGCAGUGCAGCAAUAAACAGUCCAGGAGAAUUGGAUUCCUUUCCCUCCAGGAACAUGAGGACGCUACGUUAAAUUUGGUUCGUUUAUCCCAGCAAGAAAGCUUCUCAGCAGAAUUGCAAGAUCUUGCGAAGCAAGGUCACGUGAGAGAUUCGUCUUCAAUAAUAUCACUCAACCCUCAACUAAUCGACGGCGUGAUGCGCGUCGGCGGCCGGCUUGCUAAGGCAUUCAUGUCACAAGAGCGAAAACACCCGUACAUCCUACACCACAGCCAUCCGCUAGCAACGAUGAUCGUCAGGUACUACCACCAAAGGCUGUUUCAUGCGGGACAGCAAUUACUCAUCUCGUCAGUGCGGGGCAAGUUCUGGCCAGUUAACAUCCACAGUUUGGCGAGGAAGGUGAUUCACGACUGCAUUCCGUGUUUCAGAAACAAACCAAAAAUCGCUGAGCAAAUUAUGGCAGACCUUCCUUCGGCAAGAGUCAACCCCGCGCCACCGUUCCUGAAAGUCGGAGUAGACUACUGCGGUCCUUUCCAGAUUAGUUAUCCAAAUCGACGAGCGCGUCCUGUAAAAUGCUAUGUGGCGAUAUUUGUUUGCCUAGUCGUGAAGGCUGUCCAUUUGGAGUUGGUUUCGGACCUAACAACGCAAGCGUUUCUAGCGGCACUGAAACGUUUCGCUGCUCGGCGCGGCAGGCCUCAACUGAUAAUGUGUGACAAUGCAACAACAUUUGUCGGAGCUAAACGUGAGCUCACAGAGCUGCAUCGACUCUUCCACAGUCAACAAUUCCAGGAAACUAUAGUCAAGGACACGAGCGAUGACGGCAUCGAGUUUCGUUUCAUCCCCCCACGCACACCAAACUUCGGCGGCCUGUGGGAAGCGCAGGUCAAAAGUUUCAAGAGUCAUUUUCGGAAAACAAUAGGAAUCAGAGUGCUAAACGUAGAUGAAAUGACUACUGCAUUGACGCAGAUAGAAGCGGUUUUGAACUCCCGACCACUCACGCCGGUCAGUAGUGACCCAACCGAUUAUGAAGCAUUGACGCCUGGUCACUUCCUGGUGCAGCGUCCACUAACAGCUAUCCCAGAGCCAGAUUUGCAGGAAGUACCAAGCAACCGCUUGACCAUAUGGCAGAGAGCCCAAUGUUUAACACAGCAGAUUUGGAAGAAGUGGUCUACGCAGUAUCUCUCUGAUCUACACAACCGCACAAAGUGGACCAAAGAACGAAAUAAUAUCUCAAUUGGUUCAAUGGUUCUACUUAAAGAAGAAAACGCACCCCCUCUGAAAUGGCAUUUGGGUAGGGUCAUCAAAAUAUUUAGCGGUUCUGAUGGCAACAUUCGCGUUGUCACCAUACGCACUAAAGACGGAUGCUUCGAUAGAGGAAUCUCGAAGGUCUGUCCGCUUCCCAUCCGGGACAACGAAGCAGUUCGGUUGGCAAUGAGCUUGGCCAGCUCAUCACAUCGAUCGACAUUCCUAAGGCAAGGCAACAAGGGUGGUCACUCGACCACAAUCGCAUCUACGCAGCUGGAUAACUACGACCCAGGUUCACACUCUACGGAGAAUUCUCAGGCGCCAGCAUUGCCUGGGUCGCAUCAUAUCAACAUCCGAAUCAUCACGAAGCAGCACAAUCAGGCAUCUAGUAGCAGCAUAACCAAUCGAACAAGCGUGGUAUUACGCAUCACCCUCAGGAGGCGGUACAGAAUCGGUAUCAUCGAACAGCAGUACAGUGUUUCGAUCUGA